UGCAGAUGAACUUUCAGAGCCAGAAGAAUCUUGCUGCAGCUAGUGCGCGAAGCAUUUUUUACAACCAUUUUUAUUUUCAUGUGUGUACAACUAGAACCGUUUCUCGCUGUCAAGAUGAGCAUCGUAAUAUCGGCAAGCUCUGCCGCUUUGCGGACUUCCUCUGGAGGUGCUACGUCGUCGCACACGGUGACUACCUCCGCGAGAGCAGACCCAAACGCGGAGAGGUAGCACGAGGCCGUUUUUCCUAUUUCCCGGAGAUUUUCAUCUAGGUCGACGCGCACACUACAUCCAGGGGUGAGGUCGCGACUGCAGCUCUUCUUCGAAUUAGAUCAUGAGUUCCAACGCCGACGAUUAUGAGGACGCGCGGGACGUCGAUGCUGGGCCUGCAAUUCCAGGAGACCAGAACAAAACCUCCCAGCCGCCUUCGCUUCGCGACAAACUGCAGCAGCGUUGGAACACACCAAACCUGGAGAUGGAAUACGCCACUCUGGAGAAAGCCACUUCGAACUUCUCCCCGCUGAAUAAGCUCGGGUCUGGCGCGUUCGGCUCCGUUUACAAGGGGACUUUGGAGGACGGGAACGAGGUCGCGAUCAAAGUCAUCGAGCACAACUCGGACCAAGCCGGGUUUGACGACGAAGUCCAGAUGCUCAGCCGGUUAUGACAGUGCACAACUGUCCCCCGCCUCCCCCUCCUUCGUAUUGCAAGGACAGCAAUACAAACACUCGCAGAUAUGGAGCCUGUGCAUGACAAGUUCAUGCGCAUAAUGUAGUACUGUUUCAGCUCCUUCCGGAAUCUGUCAUGCAAACAGACCACACGGCAGCGCUUGGAUUUGGUGUUUUGCAUGAGAAAUGACAGAGACGGGGAGUUGUGCACUCGCAGACCGGUUCCGACACCCGAACUUGGUGAUUCUGAUGGGGUUCUGCAAGGGGCCCAUUGGGAAGGAGCGGAUCUUGGUCUACGAACUGCUGUCCGGCGGCGACGUGCAUCAGCGGAUAAGAUGGAGCCGAGAGGGAAUCAAGGGCUUCAGCGGAAAGCAGCGGUGCAGCGUGGCGCUCGAUGCGGCGCAAGGGUAAGGAGGAAAGUAGUGGGUCGAUGUAGGUCUUUUUCCUCUACUUUGUGAUGCGGCAUGAAGUUGUAGAUCGAAAUUUGAAAAUAGAGAAAAACGUGAUCUGGAAAUUAUAAAUUUCACUGUAUCAACAAGACAAAUUCUCCACCAGGCUGUCCCACCUGCACUACUCGAAGCCGAAAGCGUUUCACCGGGAUAUCAAAACCCCUAACAUCAUCCUGGACCGAAAAGACACCGCGAAGGUCGGCGAUUUCGGCCUGGCUUGUGUGUUAUGCAUUGCAAAAGUAUCGUACUGGUAGUAAUCGCAUUCAUGCAUUACAAAUUUCCUUCUCAAGCUAAAUCCGCAUUAGAGAUGCCAUUUCUCAUGCUGAGGAAAUUUGUAAUGCAAUUUAUACUAGUACGGUGCUUUUGCAUUGCAUAUUUGUGCGAAAAGCAGGACGAACUGACAAAAAACGUGAACCAGACCGCCGGCACCGUCGGCUACGUCUGCCCCCACUACAUCCGCACGGGGAUCGUGUCCGAAGCGACGGAGGUGUACGCGUUCGGGAUGGUUCUGCUGGAGUUGCUCACGGCGACCCCACCGGCGGUUCAAAUCCGGGAGAAGGAGUUCAAGUUUCUCGUGAACGAAUUGAAAUACGACGUUGAGGAGGUGAUGCGCAGGCUCGACCCCGCGGCCGCUUGGGACUACUUGAUUGCGCGGCAGAUCGCGAACCACGCCCUGAAGUGCAUCGAUCCGGACAUGGAGAAACGGCCGAAAAUGCCGUUUUUGGUGACACAACUGCGGAAGCUGGACCAGGGGAUUGUGGACGAUGAGAGUAUUAUAGUAGCGUCGUGCUGUAUUGGACUUCUAGUACGGUGUUCUACUAGAUCAUGAAGAACAAACCACCAGAAAUGUAAUGUAAGUAGGAAGAGGCACUGCUUUCGGCCUCUUGACGCAUGUUAUAAAAACACAUGAUUUUUUCCUUAACAGCUGCCGGUUUUUCUUCCUACAGCCAGUCCCCGUCGCCAUAUUUCCCGGCACCAUCCCCAGUCCGGCCUCCCGGGAACAACAACAGCCUUGCUCCAAACUACAACCAAAACCAUCACUAUCGCCAGCCGAAUUCGCCCUCCAAAGCCUACCACAAGCAAACCGGGCAACUUCUCCUUUCCGGUAUGCGGGUACGGGCGCGGUGGAAGAAUUUGAUGAUGUAUGCAUAGCAAAUAUGUCUGGGUCUGGGAAGUUGCGAGAUUUGUCAUGCUAGUCUGGCAUGCCUCUGAGCUCUGUGUUGCGUCACCGCGAAGAGCGGAUCUUGCUUGUCAUGCAAAAACGCAGUUCCUCAUGCGGAGUACGCAACUCAGAACGACGGAAAAACUUGUCAUGCUUGGCAGCGCAUUACAGUGCGCCCGCUAUUCCCUUUCUUGCGUCACAAGUUUCCAGACCCAGACAUAUUUGCAUUUGAUAUGAUGUGCAACGGCACGAUUCAGUCCGCGCACACUGACGGCAGUUGCGUAUCAAAUGCAAGUAGGUCUGGGUCUGGAAGUUUGUCAUGCAUCUCGCGGAUCACAAAGAAAAGAUAGUCUGGAAUGCACUCACAAGCAUCACAAAUUUUGCAAGAGCUUUUUCAUACCUGUAUCCGCAUGAGAAGUUCGCGUUUAGUGUGGCAAAAAGCGGGUAGCUUUUGCUGGUCACGCAGUACAGAUUUUUGUACGAUUCAGAUCUAGCAUGACAAGUUUGGAUCCUUCCGGACCCAGACAUAUUUGCAAUCCAUAUUGCGACAUCCAGUACGAUGACGGCGAUUUUGAGGAACGCGUAGACGAGGUGGAGCCGCACGACGAGUACGAAAAGGAAAAAUCCCCCCUCCCCCUACUGAAAAGGUAUACUUUUGGGAAUUUGUGAUGCUGAUUUGUGGUCACAAAUCGUGUCUGUCUUGCAAGGAGACAUAUUCAGAAGGCCCCCGGUAUUAUGCCGGCGGUUUGUGAUGCUGUUGGGCCUACAGCAUAGACUUUUGCCAUGCUGAGCGCCUAGGCUAAAACCUCUCCACACAGGCUCGGCAUGGGCCUGCAGUCCUCUACUGCAAGGCAGGGCUUAUUUGUGUACGCAAAUCCAGCGUCAGAAGUUUCGUUUUGAUAUGGGGAGGGGGGAUUGUUGCUCGCAAUAACGAGCAGCCCAACCCGAUGGUAAGGGAAAUGCUGGAAAAGGAGAAGCGAGAGCAGGUGGAGGCGGCUGCGGAAGAACGAAGGAAAGAACAGGAGAAGGUGGAAAUAAGACAGCAGUCGAAGUCGAGAAGGAAUUCCAACAACAAGUUCGGAAACAAUUACGUUGACCAAAAAAUCGACGCAACGGUAGACUUACACCCGCCGAAAAGCCCGACUGGUGGCAUAGCGGGGAUCGACUUUUUCGCCAACGCCACGAAGCAGAUGUAUCAAAUGCAAAAAUGUCUGGGUCUGGAAGAAUGCAACUUGUGACGCUGCAUUUGGAUUCCAAAAAAUCUGUAUUGCAUGAGUACCAAAGGAAAUGCAAUUUUUGCUACGCUGAGAAGGCAUUUGUCAUGCGGAAUACGCAUCAAGAAGCCCUCAAAAAAUCUGUAUUGUUAGGGUAUGCAUCACAGACAUCAUGGCUCAUGCAAAAGGCGCAUUACAACUACAAGUGUCAGAAUCUUCCAGACCCAGACAUUUUUACAGUUGAUAAGAUGGAGAAGUUUACCAGUGAGUUUUCCUACGACUACGCGCAAUACAGCGAACAGGUGAACAGCAUUGCGGAGUACUUCAUCCAUGGGAAAAAUAGCCAAAGUGCAUCAAGCGCGUCGGCGGGCGGAGAAGAACAGCACGAUCGUCCAGACGAUGGAGACGCCGGAAAAAAAUCACCAGCUGGAGUAGAAGGAUCUUUUCCACAGCAAGCGCAGGCAUUUGAACCGGAACUACAGGUAGACAGGCAGCAAAGUAGUAGCCCCGAGCACAACAUCACGCCAAAAGACAUGAUGAUCUCUGCCAAUCUACCCUCUCCUGAGGGCGGGACACAUCAAACUGGUCCUGACCACGAAAGUAGUCAGGAGCAGGAGGAGAACGAGAACCUCAAUGUGGAAGUUGAUAGUCAUAGCUUGGAAAAAAUAAAAUACGACGAGUACUACGACGACAUGGUAGACCACGAAAGUAGCCCGCAAAUAACGCCUCCAGGAGGAGAUGGAAACAACUCUACCAAUGAAAAAACACCAGCAAUAAAUGAAAACCUCGUCGACACCACCAACGCCACCGGUCGAUAUCGCAGGGAAAAAUCCCCCCUCCCCAUAUUGAUAAGGUACGUUCUCGGAAAUUUGUGUUGCGGAUUUGAGGUCACAAAUCACAUUUGGUUUGCAAGAAGACAAGGGCAGAAGCAGAAGCUUCCGCACCAUUAUGCAUGCGGUUUGUCAUGCUGUUGGGCCUACAGCGCGGACGUUUUUCAUGCUAGGUGCCUAGGCCACUAUCUCUCUACUCGCGCUUGAUAUGAGCCUGCAGCCCUCUCCAGCAAGACAGGUUCGAUUUGUGUGCACAAAUCCAGCGUCAGAAACUUCGUUUUGACAUGUGGGGGAUUUUUCCUUUUGAUAGUCGAGCAGAGUUUCGUACCGUGCUCCAGUACCCGAGAUCCUGGCAAGCCGCCGAACCCGCGUUCCAACAGACGAUUCAAAACACCUUCGCGGCGAGUGUUCCAGUCAGCCCAAGGACGGUCGAGCUGUUUCAGCAGAUGCUGACCAAUUUAGGAACGGGAACCAGUAGCAGCUCCUCCGCGCCCUUUGUCGAAACGGAUACGAGGGAGUACGUCGGGGGUGCCGGUCAUGAACAAGAGCUAACUGCAGCAGGUUUUUCAAGUGGUCUUCAGCACGAAAGUUGGAACUACCGAUUCGUCCAGUGCUACCACAAGACGCAGUCCCCCUUCCAGCAGCAUUUCCACCACGAGACAGAUUACCAACAGCCCAUACCGUUCUUCGACCACCCGCCGUGUGUCCUGUACGACGUGAACUCGGUUGGUAGGCUGCAGCAACCCUCCGGGUAUAUCAAAUGUAAAAAUGUCUGGGUCUGGAAGAAUGCAUGUUUCUCAUGCUUGUCUGGCAUGACUCUUAAAUCUGUCAUUCACGUUGCCCAAGAGCCGCGUUUUUCUGUCAUGCGGAGACGCAGUCUGUCAUGCAGAAUAGGCAACACCUACAAGCUCAGCAAUUUGUCAUGCUGAGCCAGCACUUCUGGCCCCCUCAUGCUACGCCACUCAGCAUCACAAGUUUCCAGACCCAGACAUUUUUACAGUUGAUAGGGUACUGGGAUUGCGUUAUUUUAGAUGCGGAAACGCGCCACACGAUAUCCCGCGAGCAUUUCCGGAUUCUGCAGGUCAGGGAGAGUCCUACUUCAUCCGGAGGUGGUGAAUCAAGCGGCCGAGAAGUAAAGAAUCAGUAUCAGCAGAUCCAGUGUAUCAGCAGUAACGGGUUGAUGCUAAACGGAGAGUUGAUCAAGAAGGAGUCCGGGCUAUUACAGUGAAAAAUGCCCCCACCCCCGAACUUGGGACCAUUUGUAUUGCAAACCUUUCCAAAUGAAACAUUCGCCCUCUUGCAUCUAUCAGCGUCACAGAUUUCCAAUCGUAAAUGGCAAGAAUUUGCAUUGCAAAAGAUCCCAGCAAGAGCGGCGCUUGUCAUGCAAGCGAUGCGACACACGCGAACACGCCUAGACUCUGCAUCAGAAAGAUUCAUACUCCUUUCCUGCAUCCAUGACAAAAAGUUUUCAUUUGGAGACUUCGCAUCACAAAUUUUUGGAACUUUGGGGGUGGGGGCAUUUUUCACUGCGAUAAGGGCCUAUGAAGAUCCAGCACGGGGACAUUCUCGGCUUCAUUGCGCAUUUGAAACAAGCGCCGUUUCUGCAUUUGCGGUUCGAAGUCCGGGAAAAAAUGCUAGAAAUAGCGAAGAAACCGAAGCCAAAAGUGGAUCUUGCGGUCGGUGGUUCUGUGCUGGUGAAAGAGCAGAAUAUGAAGCCGAAACGAAAUAACGCGAAGGGGAGCAAGCCUGCAAGCAGUAGUGACAAUGCUUCCAAGCCGGCCGUGUUGAAAGCCACUACGACCUCGUCCCCCCAAAGGAACAAGAGAAAGUCGCGCGAUUUCGCGUCGCCGCAAAAUCCAAGCGCCGGGACUACAGAUCCUGAGAACAGGAAGGAGCAAAAAUCCACUACUUCUGCGACACACCAGCAGGCUAUUCCGCGGAAAAAGUCGAAUUCGCCUCCGAGUCCCACCCCGCCGCCGAUGCAAAAAGAGAGCAAUGCAAAAAAUGAAAGCGCAUUUUUACUAACCCCUGCAGAUGACACCAUCGACCUCCCGAAAAAUUGCGUGGCCGGUCGGUGGUGCCAGCCCAAUGAUCACGCUACCCAGGCUGCCUUGCGCCGGGAAGCGAUGUAUCUGUUGGACGUGAAUUUCGAACAAAUUAUGGAGAAUAACAGCAGCUCCAGUGCUGGGUCAGCAGUGCCCUAUCCUGUGUAAAAACGUCCCCACACCAGAGUCAGGAUGGGGAUUUUGCAACACAAGCCUAGGAGUUUUGGGAGUCACGCAUGACAAGUUGCACUCCGCAGCGUAGUGCAGGUUAGCAAGUGCAGCCGCAUCACAGAUUCAUCUGCUCAUCCUGUUCACAGCAUCACAAAUUCCAAUACACGAUUGGAAAUGGCUCGCAUGGGGAUGCACAUUACAAGUCUUUCUGUCUUUGCAAAUCUGCAUUACAACUCUGGUGUGGGGACGUUUUUACUCAGGAUACGCCCGCAUUAUCUUCCUUCCGCCGCCAGCUCUAUUACGUCCUCGGUCCGGACAAAAUUCCGCAAAAACUCCGGAUCGGCCGGAACUAUCAGAAAGCGCUGUGGGGAAAGAGUAGCGCGGAGCUUCUACCGGAGGAGUUGCUGGAGAUAAGAGUAGAGCAGCCUUCUUCAGUUGAUUUUGUAUUAGAGAUGAACAAAGCAAAUCCAAAUGCGAACCCUGAGAACUGCCGGUUUGUCGCACGGGUAAUUUGGCCUUUGCAGUACAACUACGGCGUGGAACUUGGACCGGGGGAAGAAAUUAGCCUCACGUCCGGUGCGCAUUUUGCAGUGGAGAUCAAGAAUUUGACGGUCAGCAUGACGUGGAUUCCGCUGAACGUGCGACAGGAAGUUGCUUUCGCUAAUGUAGUUGAUGUAGUACAUCAGACCAACCAGCGCGAGGGCAUGGCUUCUGGUGCUGACGGUGCAAACAGAACCGAAGAUUUGUGGGACAGCAAAGUCGCCGGGUCGGAAAAACUCGUGCGGAGGGACCAGCAGCGGUCCGUGACAAAAUCGCCUGACCACGCGGAAAUUGUAGUAGAUGCUGAACAAGGCGGAGGCAGCGCAGAGAGGACAAAGCGCGACAACGGGCAACAUCAAGACGAGCCGAGGCUUACUCAACCAACCUUCCGAUCUCCGGUGACGCAGAACGCGGCAACCGCGACCUCCUACCCCGCGGCCCUUGGAACCGCGGUUACCAUUGGUGGGACGCAGAUGGGCUUAUUGGCCGGGCACAUGGCGUUCGAUCCGUUGUUGCACAAUGGGACGACGAGUGCUGGCUCUACUGCUGCUCCUAAAGUAGAGCCGCCGUUGGAAAGCUUUGUCGUGGAAAACCACGAGGAACAUGCACGACCAGGUUCUUUCGCAGAGCCUCAUCUCCCAGACCACCUGCAAGUGAACACGAACGAUCCAGACACCACACAGAUCUUCGACCGGAAGAAUGCGGUUGCUCCGAUGCCGUUUCCGCAAGAGAAACCGGCGAUAUUACCACGCCCAGCACCACUUCCUUCCGACGCGGCAGAUAACCUUGACGACACGCAGAUUUUCCACCCGCCAACCCGGGUGAGUCACGAGCUCCCGCCGAUGGAUGCGCCGCUUUUAGACACGAACUUUCAUUUCCAAACCCACAUCCCACAGGAGUUCAGCAACAGCACGGUUAUUCCAGCGGAUUCGGAGCAGGAUCUUCAUCGGGAGGUGGACCACAAGAGAAGUCCACUACUGGAUCCAAUGAGUAGUACGAAAAUCCGACAAAACGCAAGUUCGUCCGCGGUGUAUCUGCCGGCGCCCAGCAGUACUAGUCAUGGCCGUGGUCCUCGUCCGGACUUACCGGACCAGAGAAGUUCGCCGCGUUUGGUAAAUGAACACGCGAUAUGGAUUGCAAAAAUGUCUGGGUCUGGAAGAAUGCAACUUCUGAUGCUGCAUUUGGAUGUCUAGAAAAUUUGUGUUGCAUGAGCAGCAAAGGGAGUAUAAUUUUUGCUACGGGAAGAGGGCAUUUGUCAUGCGGAAUAGGCAUCACGAAGCCCUCAAAAAAUCUGUGAUGCUAGGGCAUGCAUCACAGACAUCAUGGCUCAUGCAAAACUUGCAUCGCAAGUCUCAUAAUCUUCCAGACCCAGACACUUUUACUUUUGAUACGCGACGACGUCGAAGCGGCAACCAACACUGAUGAACAACCUCGACGGCUCGCAGAAUACCGGACAGCAACUCAACAUUCCCCCGUUACUGCAAAUGCCCACGUUGCUACCCAGUUCCGGUCGGGAUUUUAGCCUGCAGUUCGGGACGGGUGCUGCUGGCACGACGACGGCCUCCGGAUCAUGCCCAGGAGCGGCCAUGGGAUCGCCAAUUCUAGGGUCCUCUGGAUCAUCCUCGCAGUACCGGGCGCCGACUGUGGAGAAGGUGUCUCUGAUGUCAGAACUAUCAAAUGCAAAAAUGUCUGGGUCUGGAAGAGUGCAAGUUUGUCAUGCUUGUCUGGCAUGACUCGAGAAUCUGUGUUGCAUAGGCACGAAAAGGCCCUCUUACCUGUCAUGCAAGAACGCAGCUUGCCAUGCGGAAUACGCAAGACAUGGCAGCCAAAAAAUUUGUCAUGCAUAACUGCGUAUUGCAGUGCGUCUAUCAUUCACUUUUCGCAUUACAAGUUUCCAGACCCAGACAUUUUUGCAUUUGAUGAGAACAGGAAGUGAACAACGUGCCCACCGCGAGUACCAUGUUCCCCAGUAAAGACACGGAAUAUUAUAACACGGCCGCGACUGCUAGGGAACGACAACAUUCAGGAAGUAAAAACAGUGGUCUGCAACAGCCCCAAGCGCUUAUUUCCCAACCGCAUAUUCAAGUUGGGAAAAGUAAGCUGCAAAAAAUGCCCUCGCCGACGUCGACGAAUCCUUUCCUCGGUGCAGCGACGGCGCAGCAGUACAACCAGGCACAAUUUCUGACUGGUUCGUCAAGCGGAAGUGAGCAGAAUGGCCAGGAAGAAGACCAUGGAAGCGAACAACUGCAGGACCACGUCGGCAUAGUAGAGAGAACAUCCUCCAAAGAGCAGGACUCUGCAGCUUUUGCCAAUAAAGUAGAGAACAACUACAGCACCAGCACGUCCCAAUCCUCUCCCGACAAGAAUUCGUUCGCGGCCAGCUGGAAGGUGCGGCUGAAGAAGGUGGAAAACCCGCGGCAGAGCGCGUCGAAUUUCCAGAUGCCCAGUACGCCCGCGCCGAACCGGUUGCCGACGGAGUUGUCGUCCUCCCUCAGAAAGCACCUCCAGCGGAAAUCCGAGGAGCGAGAGAGGGAAGAAGGUGGACAGAAUGCUGCUGAUACAACUUCUUGCCAGCCUCAAGUUCAACAUGGCCGGGAAAGUUUCGGGAUUAACAGCGGCGAGGCAGGGCCAGGUGGAGAGAGAGUGCAAAGUCGGGGUGCAGAGGUCGUGAACGAGGAACAACACGAACAGAAAGAGAGCGAUUCUUUUCCUGCGGGUUGUAUCGCUGCGCCGAGCGGAUUUUUCUGGGAACAGACCAGCGGGGAUUUGAGAUCGUCGCCGCCGGACAAUCCGCGAUCCGCCUUUCAUUUUGACAACACAAAUGAACAAGAAGAUGUAGUGGAAUGAACAGAAAAAUAUAAAAAAAACACUAUUAGUUUUUACACAUCGUUUGGUAAUUGACAGAACACGACACUUUUUCUUUUGAAGCACCUGCUUUGACGCGGUUCGUUUUGAUCCUAGAAUUUUCCUUACUGUAGCUUUGAAAAUAUUCCUCUUCGCAAGAAGGAAGAAAAAGAGAUGCUUCAGCCUGGGUGGAGCAGAGGUGAGAACAUCAUGAAUAAUGGAUGACGCCAUUUUUUUGCCCAAAGAAAUUUUCAUUUGCGCCACGCGAUAAACGUCGAGCCUGGAGCAAAUAAGACACUUGCGACGUCUUGCCUGUCACAUUGUAGAUGCGGAGGUUUCUUACUACUACCUCGGACCUUGUUCUGGUGCUUGUUUUUUUUCUGGUUUCGUUUGCCGGGUGACUUUGUCGUGCGCUUCGCUGCACUGUCGUAUCGUGA